CCGCUCGCCUCUUUCCAGGAAAGCAUGAGCAAGGGCACUUUGAUGGAGGUGCUGUGUGCGCUGAACAGCAUCAACACGAAAGUUCGGGAGGAUGCAGGACUUGGGGACCACGUCGAAAUGGAAGUGGAUCAGGGCGACGCUGCGCACCGCACUCCGGACGAGAUGAGCCUCGAUGAGGACCUGGCCCAGAGCUUUUCCAGGUUGCAGCUUGCAGAAGUAGUAAAUGAUGGCGUUGUAAAUGGUGCAGCAGAUACUGAAGCAGGAGAUAGUGUCAAAGCCAGUUCUUUUUUCCCACAGGUCGUGGAAGAGCGCUGUUUUGGAAAUUCCUAUGGGCUCGCCGGCAGUGCUCUGCCGUGGGAUACCAUAGAAUCCAUAUCUGCCCACUUUGCCAAACAACUGCAGCUCUGGGACUCUCAAAUUUUGUCCGCCAAAGGGGAAGACGAGUUAGCCAGCCGCACUUCGACGAGCAGGCAAGGCGGGAAUGGCAGCAACCUUGAUGUUGUCGGCGAUGUUGAAUCCACCACCAGCACAGUUCCUGCAAGGGCCGGAAACAGCACAGUCACGGCGGACUUGUCGACCCCACAGGGUAUUUUCGACAAGAUCGUUGCAACGAUCAACAAGCUGGACGAAUUAUUCGAGGAAGUGGCAGCCAAAACGACCGCGAGACACACGGAAACGGCGAGACAAGGCGCGCUGGCGUCCAAAGGCCUGAGGCUGGCGUGGUACCUCCGUGUGUCGCUGAUCUGCAGCCUCGCGGCCAUGGUGGGCUCCGGGGCAAUUCCUUGGCUUCUCUCCUCUCGGCCGUUGCAGUUCCUGCCGCUCCCAGCUAGUGUAAAGCAAGCGGUUCAGUCGUGCGUCCGGAGUGGCUAUGAAAUGCAAAAAUGUCUGGGUCUGGAAGAAUGCAACUUGUGAUGCUGUAUUUGCAUUCCAAAAAAAUCUGUAUUGCAUGAGUAGCAAACGGAAUGCAAUUUUUGCUACGCUGAGAAGGGAUUUGUCAUGCGGAAUAGGCAUCAAGAAGCGCUCGAAAAAUCUGUAUUGGUAGGGUAUGCAUCACAGACAUCAUGGGUCAUGCAAAACGUGCAUGACAAGUGUCAGAAUCUUCCAGACCCAGACAUUUUUACAGUUGAUAGUGGCUGCAGCGGUGCUUCCACAGUCGUGCUGCUCGUUCUUCCAUGCUGCGGGGGUUGCUGGUGCUGCUGCUGCUGCUACAUGUUGAACAACGCCAGCUCUACUUCCUACAACCGCGUCCCCUGCGGCUGCGGGAAAAAGCUACAAAUACGUUCCAGCACCUCGAAGAGUUGCGUCACGCCGAUUUGCGGGGACGAAACCGAGGACGAGAUGAUGGGCGACGACGAGAACGAAGAUGUUCUUGCCGCAGGUGGAGCCGCGAACAACAAGGUGGGAAUAAAUCAUUCCACCUCGGAGAGCACCGCGGCGCAGACGAAAAUGGAUAUCGAAGACGAACACCGGAUAGACAUUCUUAGCGGGGGAAAUAGUCCUGAUAAAAAUUCUAGUUCAACAACUGGGCAGAAUAUCUUCCAAGAGCAGGACGCGUACACCCGGCAGCUGAACGAGCAGCGUGCGAUCCAGGCAAAGUGGGAGUUUAUCCACGAUUUCCCGCCGAUCGACUAUCCGGACACCGCCUACGAGGGCUCUUCCUCGAGUUCGCUCUUGGAGGACGAGAUGAAUGACCGGGACCGACGGCGGCGGUUAGCAAAGUUAAAACGGAGAGAACACAAGAGAGAACAACGCGAGAGAGAGCGCCGCGAUGUUCAUGUUCAUUCUCCUGGUUCCGAUAAAAAUUCGGGUUCUUGUGCUGAGGAUGACUUCUGCCCACAAACUCCUAUAGCCCCAACCGCCCGGGGGCGGGGAGGACGUCGUGUAGUCCCGGCUCGCGCCGGGCCGAGACCGGUUCCUGGCGAGGAGCACUGUCGCCUGGAAGAUCUGCAGGAGGGGGAAUUCAGCAGCUCGUCGGGCUCUUCCGCAACCAAGGAAAGGCGGCGGCACCGACGGGAGGACCCCUUUGAGCGGGGGUACUGCCACUUUCCCGGCGACCUCGACCUGCCCAUCGACCACGACGAAUUCGUGCGGUUCCGCGGCACCACGCCGUCCGCGGCCGCGCGCGCCCGGUUCGGCGGCAACUGGAAGCUGCUCAGCAGCAGCCACAUGAUUCGGGAGGGGGCGAGCAACUUUCGCGACGGCUCCUGGAGCUGGGGCUUCUUGAUUUACGGCGACACCAUGUACGACACGGCCGGCG